AAUCCCUAUUUCGUCCCCGUCUUCUUCCUCUCUACAGGAGGACGGACAGGGCGAGCGCGCCCGCCAUUAUUGCGGCCCUUCCACACGCGUGCAUGCACGCUGCGGCCAUCAUCUCCUCACGAGGGCCCUGAGCAUCAUCAUUUAUACUCUGCCGUGAGCACCAGCCGCCACUAGACAAGAACACACAGAGACAGAGCCAAAGCGAGCACCAGAGAGAACCAAGAGGAGAGAGCAGAGAGACAGAGCCAAAGCGAGCAGCAGAGACAGAGAGAGCAGGGCAAGAGUAGAAAGGAGAGAGCAGGGAGGAUCGGUCUCUCUCUCUCUCUCUCUCUCUCUCUCUCUCUCUCUCUCUCUCGUCGGAGCGAGCCAUGGAGCAGUACGAGGUGGUGGAGCAGAUCGGCCGGGGCGCCUACGGCACCGCCUACCUCGUCCUCCACAAGCCCGACAAGAAGCGCUACGUCAUGAAGAAAAUCAGGCUCUCCAAGCAGAACGACAAGUUCCAGCGGACCGCAUACCAGGAGAUGUCUCUCAUGGCCAGCCUCAGCAACCCCUACAUCGUCGAGUACAAGGACGGAUGGGUCGACGAGGGGACCUCCGUCUGCAUCGUCACCAGCUACUGCGAAGGAGGCGACAUGGCGCAGAGGAUCAAGAAGGCCAGAGGCGUCCUCUUCUCUGAAGAGAGGGUGUGCCGGUGGUUCACGCAGUUGCUCUUGGCUCUCGACUACCUGCACUGCAACCGGGUGCUCCACCGGGACCUCAAGUGUUCCAACAUCCUGUUAACCAAGGAUAACAACAUACGGCUCACUGAUUUCGGGUUAGCGAAAUUACUCAUGGAGGACCUUGCUUCAUCGGUUGUAGGAACCCCAAACUACAUGUGCCCAGAAAUAUUUGCGGACAUACCUUACGGUUACAAAUCUGAUAUAUGGUCACUUGGUUGCUGCAUGUUUGAGAUUUUAGCACACCGCUCUGCGUUCAAAGCGACAGACAUGGCAACAUUAGUCAACAAAAUAAACAGAUCUUCAAUAUCUCCAAUGCCCCCAAUAUACUCAUCGUCACUGAAGCAGAUAGUGAAGAGUAUGCUAAGAAAAAAUCCAGAGCAUAGACCAACUGCUGGAGAGCUAUUGAGGCACCCAUAUUUGCUUCCCUAUGUGGCUGAAUCAUCCAACUGCUCCCCAAUCUACCUUCCAAUAAAGCCCACCAAGAGUAACCUGGGAGACAAGCAGUCAAGAAGGCCAAGUGGCGGCAGAAAGAGUGGCGGAAAAGCCAACGGAUCCAACGAAGCAUUACAAACAGCAGCAGAGCAAACUAUGGACAGAUCGGCAAACAACUCAGAUCUAUCAACUGCUGGUACCCAGGAUGCCUGCAUUUUGCAAAUACCAGUGGAUCCUGAAACCGGAAACAGCGAACAGCAACGGACGGACGUUUUAUCACUUCAACAUACAGAGGAGAACUUGACAGCAACAAGUGAUCGACAGAUUGAUGAGACAAUACGUCUUAAAACUAUCAGAACCCGCAGUUCAGUAGAGGCUGCCCCAGCUAACAGUGCAAGUCAAGAGCUUAACGAGGCACCGAUACCAAAAGAGGAACUGACUAUUGGAGUAGUGCAAGAGCAACGAAAGGAUGUGAAGACACCACGGUCUUGUCAAGGAACAAAACCAGGCAUGUGUGAUGUAGAUGCUGGUACAGAAGAAUCAUCACCAGUGAGCACUCUGAAAUUACGAAGUGCAGAUAGCACACCUGCCGAGUUUGAUCAUCUGAACGUUGUGCAGCAGAGAGCUGAUGCUCUGGAGUCCCUUCUUGAGAUUUGUGCAAAGCUCUUGGAGCAGGAACGGCUAGAUGAGCUGGCAGGUAUUCUUAAGCCGUUUGGAGAAGGAGCUGUGUCGUCUAGAGAGACAGCAAUAUGGCUGACGAAAAGUCUGAUGACUCCAAAAUUUGGAGGGUCCCCAAAACAUGUGUAGUGGAAAGAAUUUGACGGUCUUGCACGCAUAUAUCGCCAUAUAUCGCCAACAUACUCGUAU